UCUGUAAUAUACAUAUUACCGAGCGGGCGACUUAAACAUGUCAGAACAUCUCGACAAGGGGACAAUUGCAUUGGAAGGUUUCUGGUUAUUUUUACGGCGCAUGUCUUCACAUAUCUGAAGAUUGUGUUCUGAUUUUGUAUGACAUCGACCACCAUCAUGUGUCACGGAAAUCUUAACCCAACCCAAAGAACAAAGUCAGACUUAUUACCAUGAUCGAAAAUACCGUUGUGAACCUGUCAAGACUAUAACUAUGAGUAAUUGACAUUAGCUGCUUCAUAUUGUUGUUUUAACUUAUUGUGUGUAUGUAUACAGACAUUUACAAUGGCAGACGAACUGUUUACGAAAAAAUUACCGGUAGUAUUCAAAUGUCCGGACCGUGAGGAUAGACGUAUGUAUGUACAGCUAAAGAUGGAGCUGCAGACUAUAUCUUCACCGUUACAUAAAAAGGAACUGGUUGUUAAAAUGACAGAUGAAAAAGACCUAUUCUUUUUAUACACUCUGCGUAUAGGAGAAGAAGAUUUCCAGAGUUUAAAAACACAACAGGGCCUGUUGGUAGAUUUUGGAGCUUUCCCUCAGAAAUUUAUUGAUCUUUUGGAUAUGUGUUUACGGGAGGAACACAAGGAAAUGCCCAAAUUUGUGCUCCAUUUCGUGUCUCAGAGUUCUGUGAGUGGUGACAGAACUAUGUCUGUGCUGAACGUGAUAGAGACUAAUCCAUUCAAACACCUCACCCACCUCAGUCUCAAGUUCUUCCCAGGCACUGAUUCUGAUGUAAAGAAGUACCUAGCAGAUUGCCUGAAGCAGCUAAGAGACACCAAUGCGUUGCUACAGCAGAGAUUAGAGCACACAGAUGCUGACCUCAACCACAAGUUACAUCAGACACAGGAGACGCUGUCAUCUAAGUCUAUAGAGCUGGACCAUUUGAAGGCGGAGUGGACAGCUAGAAUGACUGACCUUUCGGCCAGACACAAACAUGAGAUGGCUACAGAAAAGGAGAAAACUCUGCAGAUGCAAAGCAACUUUCAGCAGAAACAAGACCGUGAUCGCAAGGAUAUGGAACAGGCUCAUAUGAAAAUAGUUAAACAAAUGGAAUCCAAGUUAUAUGAGUUUGAAGGUUCCAAUAAGGAUUUAUUAGACCGUAAGUACAAGUCAGAGUCAAGUAUUCGGGAAAUGAAGUCCAAGUUGUCGGCUUUGGAGGAGGAGCAUUUACGAGCCAAACAAGAGUUGCAGAGUCUGAGGAAACAGAACACAACCCUUGAUGGAGACUACCACGAACAGGAGAAACUCGUCAAUCAACUUAGUACCCGUGUGGCCGUCCUCGAACAGGAAGUCAAGGACAAAGAGCAGGUCAUUACAAGAUCAACUGAUCUCUUGGGGUCUGAACAAGACCAAAAGAGAAAAUUUGAGGACGAGGUGGACUACAAAUCUAAAGAUAUCCACAAACUGGAACACAAAGUACGAGCCAUGGCAGAGGAACUGAUGAAAGGCAAUGAGAUCAUCAAGAAACUACAAGGAGAGAUUAAAAAUUAUCAUGCAAAGAUUAAACUGAGAAAUCAGAUAGCUACAGAACAAGAAAAAUUACUAGGGGAGAAGGACCAGGAGUUGGAACGCCUCCGACAGGAUCUCGCCUCAACAAAGGCCAAUCUCAAACAAACAACAGAAGAGAAUGUUAAAUUGAAUGAGAAUCUCAAAGGAACAAUGGAAAAGUUAGAAGAAAGCCGCCAGUUACUGAAAACAAAUGAAAACGUGAUACAGUGGUUGAAUAAACAGAUCAAUGAGACCCAGGUAAACCAUCAGAGGGUGGGUAUGUUUGAGAUGCCAGGUGCUACCACCAACUUCAGGCCUUCCUCAGCCAUGCAUAAUUAUAGUACCUCUAGCUACGGGUCCCAAGGGUCCCAUCCUGAGAGUCACAGUAUGGGUGUGGCCAUGCCAAGGUCCUACCCAAACCCACACAGGCAUCAACAGAUACAAUAUAACCCUGGAAACCCCAGGAAAAGUGGACUGCCCCAACCCUUACCAGGCAAAGGGAAGAUGGCACCUGUUCCCAUCCCCGAGGAGAUCAGACCGCACCACUCUCCGGGGUCGGGAGGCUCAGGGGGAGAUAAGGAAAAUGAUCCUCCUUUAGACCCUAAAUUCCUACAGAAGCGUGAUGACGCUAUUCCGUUACGGGGCCUCGUCCACCAUUCUGGAUCUCCACCUCCAAUACAGUCCAGUGUUGUACCUCCUGCAAAUUCAAUCCGACUCAGCCAGCAUGGCAUCGUGCCCAGGACUUCGCAACCACCGUUAGCGUCAGCUUACUUUCCCGGCCAGAAGAUGUCCUGACACAUUUUGUUUCGGUAGCAACACAUGUCCAUUUAAAAUAUAGAAAAAUUUGAAAUAUGCACAAAUCACUUGUUUUAGCAUCAUUCUUUCAUACAUGACAAUAUUGAAAUAAUUGUCAAAUAUUCUUGAUCUUGACUAUUUCAAUAAAAUUGUUAACAUGAUGGAUAUUUAUAUCUGGCAUGUGUACUUUCAAUUCUGAUAACAAAAAAUACUCAGUGCAUAUUUUUAACCUCAGCACAAAUCUGAAUCUUUGUACAUUUUGUAUUUUUAAAAUUCUGUGAAAGCCUAUACUUCACAAUAUUAAAGUGCAAAUGUGUGAAAGAUAACACAAACUUUGUGUCAGAUAAAGCAACUCUAAUUGUUAAUGAGUUGCGUAUCACAUGCAAGUGAAUUACCCUAUAGUGCUGGUUGUACUAGAUGUCCUAAAUAUUUGAUUGCAAAGUGACAGUAACUGUAUUGAGGAUCCCUGUCCCAUUGCAGACAAAACAUUACAAACUUCAACUUCAGUUAUUUGCACAUACAGUAGUCUCCUCUUAAUUUCGCUUUGGAUGAAAUUAUGGGCGAGUUUGAUCACAAACUAUAGUGACUGUGGUCUAACUAGAGUACGAUCACUCUCACUUUAUUAACAAGAAGUUACGGUGCCCAUUCCUGGCCACUAUAGUACAACCUACAGUUUUCCUUAAGUCGGACCAGAGCAACUAGUGGUCGUCUGCACAGGCGUGAUUAUUUGAAAGCAAGGCAGUGAUUGGUUGUUGCUUACCAGCAUGUGUAAGUACAUUAGGUGUAAUAGCCAAACUAUGGUAAAUGGUUGAUGACUGAACUUGCCCUUUAGCUUGACUGGGCCAGGGUAUGUGUAGCACUGUUGACCAGCUGCUAGCUCUGGCAGUUAGUUAGACCACAAUAUAAUGAUUGGAGUUUAAUUCUGGUCUAAAGAUAGCGCAGUUGGUUAUAGACUAAGAAUAUAAUGAUUGGAAUUGGAUUCUGGUCUAAAAACCCCAUUGCAUUUAAACACUCACAACUCUUGUUGAAAUCUCUAAUACUUUUUCAUAAAAAUCAUUAAAAAAAAAAAAAUCUUUUCAGAAAUGAUUUAUCAAAAUUUUAGUUGUGUCAAAGAAAAACUUUCCCUGGCAUAGUUACAGUUUUUGGCAGUGGUACAGGGAUCCUUAAGUGAUGGUCAGAUCUCGGUUACUGAUCAUUGGUAGCAAUAACAAGUUACAAACAGCACGAUCCAUACACAGCUGUUGAUGGCCACAGUCCUACCUCAGUCUUUUCUGAUGUGGUUCAGUUUGAAAAUUUGACAAAGUGAACAAAUUAAUUGAUGGAUGGAUGCAUCGUCGGAUAUCCACGGCUAGUUUCGCUCCGCUACUCGCUCGUCAGUGAUGAGUGAGUACUCGGUAGCGGAGCGAAUUUAGCCGUGGGUAUCUGACGACGGGAUGAAUGGUGUUUACUUGAAUUUCAUUUCAUUAAAAAUAUAUAGUGCUGAAUUAUCGUUACAAUAUAUAGCAGGGAGAGGUUAAAAUUAAAUUGUGUUAAAUGGAUUGGGUUUAAAAUCACAAGAAAAUGCCUUUCUGCCUCCCAAUAUGUGCCUACCUGGAAAAUCCCAUCUUCAAUACUCCAAAGGUUACGUUCACUUUCGCCCUCUACACCCCUGGAAUAUGUCCUAGCAAAAUUGAAGGCUCAGUGUGCACCACCUUGUGGAUGAGACCAGAAAACUAGUUUUGAUCCUUUGAUGUGCAUCAAAAGAAUCUCGCGCUCCUGUAACAGUAAAAUUUACUGGCUUUGAUGUCGGGUGUCGCUCCUUUAUAAUUUUCAAAGGACAUGUAUUAACCUUAAAUUGGUCAGGUUUUUUCACCAAGACCAAUCAAAUAGCUAGCUACCUGCCUUCAAUUUUGCUAUGACAUAUUCCAGGAGUGCAGGGAGCGAAAGUUAGCAUAACUCCGGAGUAUCUAGGAUGGGAGAAACUCUGUUGAGAUGAUACGCUAUACAUUGGAAUUGAUAACUGGAAUUAUUAAAGUGACCUUAUACGAUAAAACUACUGUGAAUGAUCCCAUGUUGGAUAUCAUUUUGUUUAGGUACAGUGAAAUCUUCUCCAAAGAAUUCAUUGUUUAUGUCUGAUAUUUGUUCUCAAAAAAAGAGAUAAUGAUUUAGUGAGAAGAUUCCUAUAUUUCCAAUCUGGCUGGUUUUAACCCCAGUGAAUCUAUAUAAAGUUAAUGACAAAUGUUACCCAGAUAAUUAACUAUGUGAUGUUAAAAGUCUUUGUCUACAGAUAAAACACUGUAGCAACCAUCAUCCUAUUGUGAUGUCUAUCGUCUUGAUCAGUUGAUUUUAAUGUUAAUAAAUGAAUUAUUCAGAAUUUUCAUUGCUGUAUUGCAUAUCUAGUAGAAAGGUCUGUGUCUGCUGUCGUUAACUUCACUUAAUUUUUUGAAGCUGAAAGUGUAGUUACUGAAAUCUGAUAAAUCCCUUUUUAUUUACAUCUUGGUGUCUGUAUUGAAGGUUAACUUCCUGUAGAGGUGCAUUGUAUUUUCUUUCUGAAAUACUAUGUCAUUAUUUAAUUAAUCUUAACACUGCAGUCUUCAUUAAUGUUGGUCUCUGAGUAUUGGGAUAACCCAUUUAGUAGGAACACAAUACAUAGCCUUGUAGGACAGUAUUGAGAUUUGUCCAAAAGGUUCCCUAACGAAAAAUCACAUAUUACUUAUCAGACGGUUUAAAAAAGUAUGUAAAUAAAAAGAAAGUCUGACAUAGGUUACUGACAGCCAAAUAAUAUAUUGAACUUUUAAAUAUAAAAAGAUUUCGGAAAGCUAACUAUAUUGGAAUGUAAAAAAAUAUCAUUAUGUAAAUAACUAACACUAAAGAAAAAAAUGAAAUAGAAACAAAUCGUCUUUAAUACUGCAUUUGACAGGUUUUCUGCUCACUUUCUAAAUUUCUUUAUGGGGCUUCACUGUAUCCCAAAAUAAAAAAUGGUUGAAACAUAUUCUAAAAUUUGUCUUUUGCACUUUGAUAAUUUAAUGCAAUAUUAUAUAUUUUUGCACUCAUCUGAGUUAUAAAUCGGAAUCCAAACAGAAACUUGAGAUAAAAUUUGCGUAUAUAGGUGUAUAAUAAAUGAAAAAAGUAACCUUAAUAAUUAGUGUAUUUUAUUUACAUGACUUGUUUGAAUUGAACAAAAUGUAAAUGUAAAGCAUUAGAGGUACUGAUGCUUUUACAUAGAGGGGAGAUAAGUCUGUCAUCCUUAUGUAGGGGAACACAUUUUACUGUCGCACGUUAAUUUCUAUGACUGGUUAUGGCCUUUUUGUAAGCGUUUUGUGUAAAAAUCGGUAAUAUGAUUGAUAUAACUACAACACAUAACAUGGGAUCUGUUUACAGUGGUCGUUGUGCACAAUAUAUAAACAGCUCACAAACAAAAGCUAGUGCUCUAACUGGUAAUCAUAAGGCACUUUAUAGAUUUAUUUCCAUAAAUUGGACAGGUACAAAUACAUUGUGCAUUGUGUAUGUAAAUCUGUAUCAUCAAAUUCGAAAAUGUCCCAUCAUGUGUGAAAAAGGGGUAAGAGACCACUGAGGGUAGAAUGAUGUCUUGGUAUUGUCAUGUAUGUGGAUGGAGAUGACAGAUUUCAGAACUAGUUGCACUGAAACAAUAUUGAGACGUGACACAUGUUAAACUUGCAAUAACUAUGUUAAACAUUUUGUAAAUAAUCAUAUAAUAUAAAUGCAUGUUUGUAUCAUUAUGUACUAUUCAUUAAAUGACUGAAAUAUUCA